CACGCGGGGAGUGGCGGCGGCGGCGGCGGCGGGGACUCUUCCCCGCCCCCUUCCAGCAACCCCGCAGCGCUGCCUGCCGGAGAGCGGGGCGGCUUCCAGUUGAGAGAUGGCGGCCACCGCGGGCAGAUCGCUGCUGCUCCUCCUCUUCUCGAGGACCCCCGGCGGAGGAGGAGCGGCGCUGACAGCCGCCGGCUGCUUCCCGGGGCUGGGGAGGCACCGUCAGCAGCAGCAGCGGCACCGGACGGCACACCAAAGGCUUCCUCCUUGGCAGACCAUGAGAGUAGUCUAUUGCAGUACUGUAGUGCCCUCUGAUGACGUUACAGUGGUUUAUCAAAACGGGUUACCUGUAAUAUCUGUGAAUCUUCCUUCUCGGCGUGAGCGGUGCCAGUUUACACUUAAGCCUAUAUCGGAUUCUGUUGGGGUAUUCUUACGGCAACUACAAGCAGAAGACCGGGGAAUCGACCGGGUUGCCAUUUACUCACCAGAUGGGACACGUGUUGCCUCUUCAACAGGCAUAGAUCUCCUACUCCUGGAUGAUUUCAAACUAGUAAUUAAUGACUUGACUUACCAUGUUCGUCCACCAAAGAGAGACCUCUUAAGCCACGAAGAUGCAACCACGCUGAAUGAUGUGAAGACAUUGGUUCAGCAGCUAUAUACCACACUGUGUAUUGAGGAACACCAGCUGAAUAAGGAGAAGGAGCUCGUUAGACGGCUAGAAGACCUCAAGCAGCAACUAGCGCCCCUGGAGAAGGUUAGGAUGGAAAUCCGCCGGAAAGCAGAGAAGAGGACCACCUGGGUGCUCUGGGGUGGGCUGGCUUACAUGGCCACGCAGUUUGGAAUUCUGGCCCGGCUCACUUGGUGGGAAUACUCUUGGGACAUUAUGGAGCCGGUGACCUACUUCAUCACAUAUGGCAGCGCCAUGGCAAUGUACGCAUACUUCGUAGUAACGCGUCAGGAGUAUGUAUACCCAGAUGCCAGAGACCGGCAGUACUUAUUAUUUUUCCAUAAAGGAGCCAGAAAGACGCGUUUUGAUCUAGAAAAAUACAAUCAACUCAAGGAUGCUAUUGCUCAGGCAGAAUUGGAUCUUAAGAGGCUUCGAGACCCCUUGCAGGUGCAUUUGCCUGUCCGACAAAUCAGCGAUAAAGACUGACCAGCCCAGGUCCUCUGAACCCUGGCAGACUUGGCAAAACGGUUCAUAGCUCUCGCCUCUUUAAUUAAAGCAUUGCUGGUGGAAGCUGGGAGGUCUUGCGGGGGUGGAGGGCUUUUUAAUCAUUCAAAGCAGAACAAGGACCAUGGCUGGGGAGAGGGGUCAGUGUGUUCAACGAGAAGAUCGGGCAUUGUGGGAUGUUAAGUCUUUUCAAAGGGCUUGACAAAUACCGUCACAUUUAAACGUUCUUUCUUCCUGGAUGAAAAUAUAUAUAAAAAAGUCGGCAUUUCAUAAACAGAAUGUAUAGGGGGCAUAUUUUUUCGGCUUUGCAGUGUCUGCCUCUUGAUGAUGCACCAGCAGCCUGCUCAGCUUUUUAAAAGACUUCUCCUCUUUCAAAAUACCAAUAAUAAAUAAUAACAGUGCAUCAAAAAAAGUGAAGAAGAAGGGGGGAAAGCACCAUCUUAUGAAGCUAUGGCUGCUGAUCCAAUUGGCCCUACAUGCACUCUAGAUUGGACCUAGUGUGUCUCUUUUGUAACCUUCAUGUGAAACUGCUUUUUACUUUAAAAGAAAACGAAGCAGACUUUCUCCUUUAUGGGACGAUUACAUCACUAUAAUCAGUUUUAUCGAUAUCACAAGCGGAAUAACCCUUGCCCUGAACGUUUGAUAAUUGACACUUUGAAUGACUUCCUACAUUCUUAAACUUGAACAUAUCCCACUGCCCUGGUUGUACUUCUAGAUAUAAAUGGUGAUAUUGCAUGAGAGAAUUUUUCAUAUUCAGUCUUAAGGGAGGGAAGUCUCCCCCUACUCUUUCCACCCCAGAAUCUGGUAGCGACCUGGAUUAAUCAAAUCACAAAGGUUGGUUUAAAUAUAUAUCAAAUUGGGUACUUGACUCAAAACCAUGACUCUUUACAGAAAAGCAUUAGGACAGGUAUAAUUAAAUGUGAUGUUUGCAUAGCGGAGUGAAUGAUGUGUCUUUCAUGAAGUCACCUGGUCUGGAGACUUUGUCAAAGGCCUGCAGCAGAAGACCACAGAGUUCCACAUUGGUUCACAAGCCCUCUCUUUCUUUGGUAGCUUUAAAAAGAACGCCCCGGUGCCUAGGAGCCAGGGUUUCUGCGGAGUAGCAGAUUGCAAACUCCUUUUUUAUUAUUGUUGUUAUUAUUUUAAAAGUUGAGGAAAUGGCACUCCAUCACCCUCCACUUCUUGCAAACCAACUGGGCGGUUCCGUCCCCCCCUCCCUUGAGCGGAUCUUGCAUCCUGCAUGGAGUGGAAUCAGCCUUUUCUUAUCAUCCUGUGAUAAAUACUGUGGAGACAGGAUGGAAGCUGCAGAAGGGCUCUAAGCUUAAUUCGCAGAAAGGCCGGGUGUUUCCUUUCAGUUCACUACUUCUCACUGUGUCAAGGCGAGAGGCUCCCACUUUCUGGAGAAACCAUGUUUUAAAGUGUACAAAAUAAAUAUAAACCAGACGCCAGGUGCCUUGCAGAUGUGGAAAUGCAGACGGGACCGUUGCUGCCUCCUCUCACUCGAUGGCAUGUUGGACUGAAUCGAUGCAUGUUCCAAGGUGUUUUUUCUUUCUUUCUCUCUCCCCCCCCCACCUUUGUCUUUCUGUUCUCAAUUACAUUUUUGAUUUUUGAUUUUCGUUGUUGGUUUUUUUAAAAAAAGCAAAAACAAAAACAAACCUGUUUUAUCCUUUUUGUAUGCAGCAUUUUAAAAAAGGAAGAAGGCGAGCAGUCCUGUAGAGGAACAUUUUAUGUGUGUUUGGGGCGAGGGAGGGGCAUGGAGAAAAAGUCCUUAAAAAAUAAAGUAAAAUACUGAACAUGUGUAAAAUCCUGUAUCAUUUAUUAAAUAUGUAUAAAAGAGCAAUGUACUUCUGGAACAAUAAAUAACUAUUCAGUUUUUGAA